AUAUACAAAAAGGCAAUUCGAAUGAAUGUAAGAAUUAACAUUGCAAAGAAGAGUGGAAAGCGAUUUGCGGAGUUUAACAAUUCUUUUUAAAAAAGUUAGACUUUAUUAUUUUAAUAAGUUCAUUCAAAAUUGUAUAAAUUUAUUAGUUUAUGUUAAUUAAUUAAAAUUUUAUUAAAAUGCCAAUACAACUUGACGUAAUUCUAAAAGACAUCUCGGAAGAAAAAGUUCUUCAUCCAAAUUAUCCUACCCCUAGUAAAAAAGAAGUUGAUGACGCUUGGGCGCGUGUUAGCAAAAAAAAUGUUUUAUCAGUACACGAAGCACGAUCAAUUUUUAAGGUUUUACAAAGGAAAUAUGAACAGGAAAGAGUCAAACCAACAUCAUCAUGGAAAUUAUUUAAGAUUAUGGAAAUCAUACACACCAAAAUUGAAGAAAAACCAGAAGAAAAACACGAUGAAGAUCCAGGCACAGCUACAGAAGAGGACGAAGAAUACGAAAUGCUUGAAGUUCAAGAAGACGAAGAACAACCUGUAAAUACAUCACAUAAUACUGGUUCUAGUUCAGAUAAUGAAACGUCAAAGCAUAAAGUAAAUGAUGGCAAUAAAUCUCCUGAAAAAGAUGAAAAGCCACAAAGGAAAUCUUCAUCUUAUACAACUAAAUCGUUUUCUGUUACAAGUGCUCCAGCCAGCUCAAGCAAUACAAAUACAAUAUCUCAAACUGAAGAGAAAAAACUUUUAAAUAUAAUGGCUUCAUCGUCACCACGUCCUCCACUGUCACAAACAACAAAUGUUACCGUAGCGGCCUUAAAUAAAAAAGGUAUAACCAUGAAGAAAACUUCCGUAAGCUCUGCAGCUAUAUCAAAAGCCCAAACAACAACAACUGGUGUGCAAGUUAAAAAUUCAUCCGGACGAAUGGGUUUGCUUGAAGUUGGCAAGACGAUUCAAAUGCCAGAAUCGUUAAAACGUAAAUUAUCACAAGAGCAGAAUGCCAUACAAGUGAAGAAGUUAAAUCUAAAUACAACGCAAUCCACAAACAUAUCCCCAUCAUCCAAAACUGCGUCGCAAGCAACAAACCCGAUAACAUCGCAAUAUGUUCAAGUGAAACAGGAGCGUGAGGAUACCGAACCACAUAAUAUUAACCUUAUAACUAUACCAGCUAAUCCAUCACGUAAUGAUAUUACGAAUGGCUUGGUAUCAGGUAAUACACCCUGUUCAUCAACUGCUGCUACAGUUGCAACAUCAAGCAAUGGAUUUUCUUCACACUUAGAGGAUAUUGAUUAUAAAAAUGAUAUUAUAUUUGAUGUAGGUUCAGGUAUAAAUACAACUAAUUUGACAAAAAUAAACACAGCAAAUCCUGCAGCUGAAAUAAUCAACUUUGGCAAUUUUGACAAUUCAUUGCCGCCGACAUUCUUUAAGAAUCUCUGCAAUUCAUCACGGCACGAGGCUUUAGGAUUGUACUUGGCCAAUAUUAUGAACCGUAUAUCUGAACGUGCUGCUGCUAAAUUGGAAUUGGCAGUUUUACGUUCAAUCAUUGAUAUACAAAGUGAGGAAUUAGAGCAGUAAAUUUUUAUCCACAUAAAUUUAUCUAUUUAUAAAAAAAUUUAUACUGUAACACGAUUCAGUAUAAAGCACAUAAGCCGUACUCGUUUCAUAUUAUUUGUAGCAUUAACUUUUUGUUUUUAAGCAUGAGCAUCAUGCGUUAUGUUAAACAUUUCCGUAACUAUACAUAAAUUAUACUUUUUUUUUAUUAAUAUAAAUACAAAACUAGUAUUGAUUAAUUGAUUUUAAAUAAAAUUGAGAUAAAUUUA